AAUACCAAGCUAUAAAUACAAAAAUAAAAAUCCACUCCAUUUAUCUCUCUCACUCUCUGCGUCGUGUACUGCGGAUUUCACAGUUGAAGGCAGAUAAAAGAAAAGAAGGAUUUGCAAGAUGGAGAGCCUGCACAGCUUCUGGCAACUGGGUGACGAGCUUCGAGGACAAUCAAAAGUCUCAGAGGAUCAUAAGUGGUUAAUGGCUGCUUUGAAAUUGGCUGAGCAGACCCAGGGAAAGGGUGAACGUAUGAAUAACCUUGACCUUUCAAAGGGCCUUCCAGAAAUGAGGUCAAGGGAUAAGAUUGGGUUCCAAGAAGAAAAUAAAUUUGAAAGUUUCAAUUUCAACAUGAUGAACUUGGAGUCCAAGAUGACAGAAAAUGGGAACAAAAGUUCCUUAAGGAACAAUGCUUACAAUAUGAGUGCAGUGUACCAGAAAAACAACAUAAACAGCGUGGGCAGUAUGACUGGUAGCAAGUACAGUGGCAACAACCUCAUCAGUAAAGAUCCCAAUCCCAGUAACCACAGCAAUAACAACAUUAAUAACGACAACAGCAAUACAGUGGACAAAAGGUUCAAGACCUUGCCAGCCACAGAGACGCUUCCAAGGAAUGAGGUGCUUGGAGGAUAUAUCUUUGUCUGUAACAAUGACACCAGGCAGGAAGAUUUGAAGCGACAGCUUUUUGGUUUACCACCAAGAUAUAGGGAUUCUGUCCGGGCAAUAACACCUGGCUUACCUCUCUUCCUCUAUAAUUACACCACUCAUCAGCUACAUGGCAUUUUUGAGGCAGCAAGUUUUGGGGGUUCGAACAUUGAUCCAACUGCAUGGGAAGACAAAAAGUGUAAAGGAGAGUCAAGGUUUCCUGCUCAGGUGAGGAUCCGGAUUAGAAAACUCUGCAAGGCAUUGGAGGAAGAUGCUUUCAGGCCGGUUUUGCAUCAUUAUGAUGGCCCCAAGUUUCGCCUUGAGCUCUCGGUUCCUGAGACUUUGGAUCUAUUAGACCUCUGUGACCAAGCAGGCUCUUUGGCUUAAGCAAACCUUCUAUAGCACGGAAAUGAUGCAGGUUUUGUGAUGCACGUCAGCUUCUGCUUUUCACAGAUUUCCCAUAGAGCACAAGCUUGGGGUUUAGGUCUGGUUGGGUGAAUCUUGUUGGGAGAGGGAUGGAUGGCAUGUGAGCCAGCUGAAUAAAUGCAUGUGUCUUGUGAAGAUGGCUGUUUAGCUUCAUUAUGUUAUGCUUAUGAUGAUAUGAUAUCAUAGACAGACAUGGAGAUGUAAAAUAGAAUGGUAACUUGUGUAAUUUCGAAGUUCUCAGAAGAAGGGGACAGCCUUGAUGUGUCUUUAGUUUCUGUAUGAAAACCGAGUGAAUGACAGUUGCCUUGUGUGUUAUGUCUGGUAAAUCCAUGUGGAGGUUCUUAUCUA